AUGGUUGGUCCAUACAAUUGCAGUGGAAGUACCACCAUCAGCUCAAUGCCUGCUGGGACAGCAGACAAGCAAGAGAGGCGCAGCAACGACGAGAGGAAGAAGAGAAGGUUAGCAUCAAACCGUGAGUCUGCCAGGAGGUCUCGCGUGAGGAAGCAGAGGCGCUUGGACGAUCUGUCAUCACAGGUCGCGGAGCUCCUUGAUACAAACCAGAGGCUUCUUAUUGAGCUCAACCACAUGAUCGCUAGGCAUGCUCGCAUAGUGCGUGAGAAUGCCAAACUUAGAGAAGAAGCUGCUGACUUUCAGAAAAGGCUCAAUGAGAUGGAAGUGGCUAGUAGCCUCGAGGAACUGUUGUAUGUGUAG